AACGUUACGUCCCUGAAGGCGGGCUGGGGCCUGGCAGGCCUCACUCGCCCAGUCAAAUCAGUCAGCGCCUAGGGAUUCAGGGGAGCGAAUUGGCUUCCCCCCUCAGGGCGGCUGCGGUGGGUGCGGGGGGGGAUGUGAGCGAGCGCCGUUGCGCUCUUUUGUUUUCCACCCCCUCCCCACCACCUUGGGUUUGCACGUUCAAGAACCAUUUCGCUUCACCUCGCCGCGCGCGCCCUUUUUUCAACUCCCCCGUUUCCUCCUCCUCCCCCCUCGUCUUUCCCAACCCCCCGCCCUCAUUCUCUUCCGCCGCCAGAAGGAGUUGUCUGUGUGGGGAGGGGAAGUAGUGGAGGAGAGCAGAGUCGCUUCCGCCGGGGGUGGGGCCGCCCCGCAGCUGAAGAGGGAGAAGUAAAGAGCGCGCGAAGGGAAGAGAGCGACCGGCCGCCGAGUGAACGAGCGAGUGAGGGGCGAAGAGAGAGGCGGCGGCGGCGGCGAUCUCUGACUCCGGCCCUCUCUUUUUCCCCCUUUCCUCCCCCCCGUCUUUCCUUUCCUCCCUUGCUUGACUUCACGCCGCCCCUGCCGUCAUGGAGCUCAUUACUAUCUUGGAAAAGACGGUCUCGCCAGACUGCACCGAGCUCGAAGCGGCUCAGAAGUUCCUUGAACAGGCAGCCAUCGAGAACCUGCCCACUUUCCUUGUGGAACUGUCCAGAGUGCUGGCAAAUCCAGGAAACAGCCAAGUUGCCAGAGUUGCAGCAGGUUUGCAGAUAAAGAACUCCUUGACAUCUAAAGACCCUGACGUAAAAGCACAGCACCAGCAGAGAUGGCUUGCAAUCGAUGCCAAUGCUCGUCGAGAAGUCAAGAAUUAUGUUUUGCAGACCUUGGGUACAGAAACAUACAGGCCCAGCUCAGCAUCACAAUGUGUUGCUGGCAUUGCCUGUGCAGAGAUCCCCAUGAAUCAGUGGCCUGAACUUAUUCCACAGCUCGUAGCCAAUGUUACAAAUCAACACAGCACAGAACAUAUGAAAGAAUCAACAUUGGAGGCCAUUGGCUACAUCUGUCAAGAUAUUGAUCCAGAACAGCUUCAAGAUAAGUCUAAUGAGAUCUUGACAGCAAUUAUCCAGGGCAUGAGGAAAGAAGAGCCAAGUAAUAAUGUGAAGCUAGCAGCUACCAAUGCACUCUUGAACUCUUUGGAAUUCACCAAAGCAAACUUUGACAAAGAGUCUGAAAGGCACUUUAUUAUGCAAGUAGUCUGUGAAGCAACACAGUGUCCAGAUACAAGGGUGCGAGUAGCUGCCUUACAGAAUUUAGUGAAGAUUAUGUCCCUUUACUAUCAGUACAUGGAAACGUAUAUGGGUCCUGCACUUUUUGCUAUCACAAUUGAAGCAAUGAAAAGUGACAUUGAUGAAGUUGCUCUUCAGGGAAUAGAGUUCUGGUCAAAUGUCUGUGAUGAGGAAAUGGACCUGGCUAUUGAGGCAUCAGAGGCAGCAGAACAAGGAAGACCUCCAGAGCACACCAGCAAAUUUUAUGCUAAGGGUGCACUUCAGUAUCUUGUCCCAAUUCUCACACAGACACUGACCAAGCAGGAUGAGAAUGAUGAUGAUGAUGACUGGAACCCUUGCAAAGCUGCUGGGGUCUGUCUCAUGCUCCUAGCCACCUGUUGUGAAGAUGACAUUGUCCCUCAUGUUCUGCCCUUCAUCAAAGAACACAUAAAGAAUCCUGACUGGCGAUAUCGAGAUGCUGCUGUCAUGGCAUUUGGGUGUAUUUUAGAAGGACCAGAGCCCAAUCAGCUCAAACCCCUUGUCAUUCAGGCCAUGCCUACUCUUAUAGAGUUAAUGAAAGACCCAAGCGUGGUGGUCAGGGACACAACUGCAUGGACUGUGGGUCGGAUCUGCGAGCUGCUCCCAGAAGCAGCUAUCAAUGAUAUUUACCUCGCUCCCCUGUUGCAGUGUCUAAUUGAAGGCUUGAGCGCAGAGCCAAGAGUGGCUUCCAAUGUAUGCUGGGCUUUCUCUAGUUUGGCAGAAGCUGCUUAUGAAGCUGCUGACGUGGCUGAUGAUCAAGAGGAGCCUGCAACAUACUGCUUAUCGUCUUCAUUUGAACUAAUAGUUCAGAAACUUUUAGAGACUACAGACAGACCUGAUGGACACCAGAAUAAUCUGAGGAGUGCUGCAUAUGAGGCACUGAUGGAAAUUGUGAAAAACAGUGCCAAAGACUGUUAUCCUGCUGUCCAGAAGACAACUUUAGUAAUUAUGGAACGGCUACAACAGGUGCUGCAGAUGGAGUCCCAUAUCCAGAGCACAUCAGACAGAAUCCAGUUCAAUGAUCUUCAGUCUUUGUUGUGUGCCACUUUACAGAAUGUCCUUCGUAAAGUGCAGCAUCAGGAUGCUCUCCAGAUUUCGGAUGUGGUGAUGGCAUCUCUUCUGAGGAUGUUCCAAAGUACAGCAGGAUCGGGAGGUGUCCAAGAGGAUGCCCUCAUGGCUGUCAGCACCCUGGUGGAAGUGUUAGGGGGAGAGUUUCUUAAAUACAUGGAUGCCUUCAAACCUUUCCUGAGCAUUGGAUUGAAGAACUAUGCUGAGUACCAGGUCUGUUUGGCUGCAGUGGGUCUAGUGGGUGACUUGUGCCGAGCUCUGCAAUCCAACAUUCUGCCUUUCUGUGAUGAGGUUAUGCAGCUGCUCUUAGAAAACUUAGGGAAUGAAAAUGUGCAUCGAUCUGUAAAACCCCAGAUUCUCUCUGUGUUUGGAGACAUUGCUCUUGCUAUUGGAGGAGAGUUUAAGAAAUAUUUAGAAGUUGUACUCAAUACCCUUCAGCAAGCAUCUCAAGCCCAAGUUGAUAAGUCUGAUUAUGACAUGGUAGACUACCUGAAUGAACUGCGAGAGGGCUGUUUGGAAGCAUAUACAGGCAUCAUCCAAGGACUGAAAGGCGAUCAAGAGAAUGUGCAUCCGGAUGUAAUGCUGGUGCAGCCCAGAGUAGAAUUCAUCUUGUCUUUCAUUGACCAUAUUGCUGCGGAUGAAGAUCAUACUGAUGGUGUCGUAGCCUGUGCAGCUGGGCUGAUAGGGGAUUUGUGCACAGCGUUUGGGAAAGAUGUCCUCAAAUUGGUAGAAGCUAGACCUAUGAUACAUGAAUUGCUAACUGAAGGAAGGAGGUCAAAGACGAACAAAACAAAAACUCUUGCUACCUGGGCCACUAAAGAGCUUAGAAAACUGAAGAAUCAAGCUUGAUCUGUUACCAUUGGGACGACACCUGAGACCCCCACUGGAAAUUUCCAAUCAAUUGAGGAAAAAAACCCAACCCGGAAGUGAGGAGUGUGCACGGAUGCUGAGUGUUUGGGAAUGAGAGGAUGAGUGAGUGAGAGGCUUAAAACACACCACGGUGAAAAUCCAGCCGCGGCAAAUGGCAGCAGCGCUGUUAAUGGAGUUAAUCACUGACUUGCGUAGCAACAAAACUUGUCAUCGCUUGCCUCCAGGAAGUGGAAAAUGAUUGAUUUCCGUACCAAUGCAGUCUCUUCAGACAAGAGACAAGGACUUACUUCUGUGUCUUUUGGCCAGUGAAGAGGGAGAUGAAUUAGUCUGGGAGAAAGGAAAGCUAGUUUCAGGUUCAGUUCUGAGUGCUCAUAUAAUAAGGUCUGGCUUUCGUUGCUGGAGGGAAAGAAGAGGUGGAAUCCUCAGCCCACCUCAGUCACCUUUCUGGGGAGGGGAGCUUUUGGCCGCACAACGCUGUCAGUGCACGAGAGAAACGGGAAGGGUGAAGGAUUUUCUUUCCAGAGUGAGUGUGUGUGAAUGAGGCGGUAUCUACAUUCUCAACUUUUAAGUCAUUACAGUUAAUCUUUCCCAAAAGAAAUACUGAAGAGAUUAGCAGUUGCAUUUCAUAAAACUAACAAGUUCAGUCUACUUGAAGUGACAGAGGAGUAAGAGAGUUCAAGGGGGGGGAGGGGGGGAGAGAAGCUGCUUUGCUUAGGGCUUCUUUAGGGAAUUGCUGGUGGGAUGUUCAAAGCUCCCGUCGUGACACUUUUUUCACGAUCUUGUUUCAUUAAAAAGCGCCUUUCCUUCCUGAAUUUUGUUCAACUGUGAAUGUAGAAACCAGGGGGUGGGGGUGGGGGGAGGUGGGAGCAGGUGUCCAGAAAAACUCUCACAUGUUAAUAGAGAGAUUAGUAUCCAGAUUCUCCAAAUGGGAUAUGAGGCUUUGGGGGGAGGAAAAACCCACGCAACUCUGCUCUAAAUUGGCGACAAAAAACAAGCCCAAAAGGGACAAAGCCCCCUCUCUUGGCGUGAACAAAGUAGCCCAAACCACACACAACUGUGCCAAAGAGUUUAAAAGGAAACAAAGUCCAAACUAGGGGGAAACAACCUUCAGGAAAUAUUUUGGAUUGCAAAAUGAGGUUGAAAUUCAAAUGUUCAAAACAAAGCAAAAAAGAUAAAAGUAUGAUUUGGAAACUGCUUGGCCUAUUUGUUCUCUUUAUUUGAUUCUGAUACGGUAUUAGUCUUGCUGCACUUCAAAAAGGAAAAUUUAUAUAAAUAUAUAUAUACUGAAGCUUACACAGGAUGGCACUUGUAAAAGGUUAUAUUUUUCCACUGCAGUUGAAGAUUAAUAAAAUGGUGUCAAACAUUCCCACCAGUACUACUUUUUUUCUAUUGGUCUUUCCAGCAAACCGGAAAUUUAUCUCUUUUUUUUUUACCAAAAAGGAAAAAAAAGUAGCAGUUGGAUGGGACAGCUGUGUGUUAGGGUCUACAGUAUAUCUGUUAAAAUUCUGUAUUGUUCCAUAACUUUUAAAAACAAUCCUUUUCCCUCAUUUCUCAGUGGAUGGGGAAAGGUAGCAGCUUUGUAACUUCAGGAUUCUUAAAAGGAGGCAGGAGGGGAUGAGAUUCGCCUACUUCUAACUAUGCAGCUUUUGAUGCUUAGGGGCUUUUUAAGAGUUGGGUGCUUUCAAGCUUGCCUUGUCAGGUAGGAAAUCUCAUAUCUUUCAAGAAGCAUUUUUUUAAAAAAAAAGCCUCUCUCAAAUCCUUUCUCUGCCUCCGCACUUUCUCAGGCUCAUCCUGGGAUCCUCUUUGAUUGCCCAUCCUCAUUGGACAAGCAAGCAAAUAUGCCAGUUUCUUGUACAGGGUAUCUGAUGCGUGCCUUUCAGUGCCAGGUUCAGAGUUGCAGCCCCCAGUGCAGAUUUCUCGAACCAGUGUACAGAGAAGACCAGGUGGUAAAGUGGGAUGGUUCCAACAUGAGUCUGAAAGAUGGGCUUCUGAUAAACCUGGGUCCACCUUUUCUUAAUGCCUUUUUUCUUUGGGGUGGGGUUUUCUUUGAAAGACACCCACAAAACGAAAGCCAUUCCUGAAUUGGGGAGGGUGUGUGUGAAGAGGGAGAUCUGAUCAUUCCUCAGUGCUACUGAACUCUGUCCAGUGUUGGCUGUUCAGCUGUAGGCUGCAGGUGAAUAAAGUACACUGAGUUAGUAGUGGAAA